CCUAACUACUCCAACAUGGGUAUAAACACGAAUACACACACUCUUAUAUAUAUAAUAAAAAUUCAUUUUUUACAGAGCAAGCCCAACUCCAAUUCCCCAGUCUCUCUCAUUCUCUCCAGAAUCAACAAUAUCAAUAUGCUUCUUCAGUUACUACUCUUUCUUCACUCUCUCCAUCUGGGUCACUGUCUCAACCAAGAAGGACUCCUUCUCCACCGAAUCAAACUCACUUUCGACGACCUAGACAACAUCUUCUCCAACUGGAAAACCAGAGACGCCAAUCCCUGCAACUGGUUCGGAAUCUCCUGCGACUCACUCACUCACUCAGUCACCUCCAUCGACCUCUCCUCCGGCAACAUUGCCGGACCUUUUCCCUCCGACCUCUGCCGACUCCGAAACCUCAAUUCCAUCUAUCUCUUCAACAAUUCAAUCAACUCAACUUUACCCAAAAACAUCUCGGAUUGUCGGAGACUCAAACACCUCAAUCUCGCCCAAAACUUGCUCACCGGUACACUACCCAGUUCCCUAUCCGAUCUCCCCCACCUCAAGCACCUCGAUUUAUCCGGAAACAACUUUUCCGGGGAGAUUCCAGCGAGUUUUGGGAAGUUCCGGCGACUCGAAUCCAUCUCUCUCGUCGAAAACCUGUUUUCCGGCGAAAUUCCGGCCGUUCUCGGGAACAUUUCGGGCCUUAAACAGCUUAACCUUUCGUACAACCCGUUUUCGCCGGGUCGGAUCCCGCCGGAGCUGGGUAAUUUGACGGAGCUUGAAAUCUUAUGGGUUACUGACUGUAACUUGGUGGGUUCGAUUCCGGACUCGCUGGGUCGACUCAAGAAACUAGUUGACUUGGACUUGGCUUUGAACAAUUUGAAUGGUGUAAUUCCGAGUUCGCUCACUGAGUUGGUUAGUGUUAAGCAAAUAGAGCUGUAUAAUAACUCGUUAACCGGCGAGUUACCGGCGAUUGGGUGGUCGAACAUGACUGCAUUGCGAUUUUUCGAUGCGUCGAUGAAUGAGUUGAAUGGGACGAUUCCAGACGAGCUGUGUGAGUUGCCACUGGAAUCGCUCAACCUCUAUGAGAAUCAAUUCGAAGGUGAAUUACCUGAGAGUAUAGUGAAAUCGCCGAAUUUGUAUGAAUUAAAGUUGUUUCGGAACCGACUCACGGGAGAGUUACCGAGAGAUUUGGGAAAAAACUCGCCGGUGUUGUGGGUUGAUGUAUCGAACAAUCAAUUUUCCGGCGAAAUUCCGGCGAGUUUGUGUGAAAAAGGUGUUUUAGAAGAGCUUUUAAUGAUACACAACUCGUUUUCCGGCGAAAUUCCAGCGAGUUUGAGCGAAUGCCGGAGCUUGACACGUGUACGAUUGGGAAACAACAAAUUUUCCGGCGAAGUUCCGGCGAGAUUUUGGGGGCUUCCAAAUGUCUACUUGCUCGAGCUCGCCGACAAUUCAUUUUCUGGCAAUAUUUCGAAGAAUAUUGCCGGAGCGACGAAUUUGUCGGCUUUGAUAAUAUCCGGAAACAAAUUUUCCGGCAACAUUCCGGAGGAGAUUGGGUGGUUGGAGAAUUUGGUGGAAUUCACCGGAAAUGAUAACCGGUUCACCGGGUCAUUGCCGGAGAGUAUAGUGAAUCUUAGGCAGCUAGGGAGGCUUGAUCUUCACAACAAUGGCUUGUCUGGUGAACUACCAAUUGGAAUCCAAUCUUGGAAGAAGCUCAAUGAGCUGAAUUUAGCUGAUAAUGAAAUUUCCGGGAAAAUUCCCGAGGAAAUUGGAACUUUGUCUGUUCUGAGUUACCUUGAUCUUUCUGGAAACCAAUUUUCCGGGAAAAUCCCAAUUGGGUUGGAGAAUUUGAUGCUCAGUCGGCUCAAUUUGUCGAAUAACCAGCUUUCCGGUGACAUUCCUCCUCUAUAUGCUAAGGAAAUUUUUAAGACUAGUUUUUUGGGUAAUUCAGAUUUGUGUGGUGACAUGGUUGGUUUAUGUGAUCGUAGAGAUGGAGAUAAGAAUUUGGGCUAUGUUUGGUUAAUGUUUAUACUCACUGGACUUGUGUUUAUUGUGGGUGGUGUUUGGUUCUAUUGUAAGUAUAAGAAUUUCAAGGAAGCAAACAGAGAAAUUGACAGAUCGAAAUGGACAUUGAUGUCGUUCCACAAAUUGGGUUUCAGUGAAUAUGAGAUCUUGAACUGUCUUGAUGAAGAUAAUGUGAUUGGAAGCGGGUUUUCUGGGAAAGUUUACAAGGCUAUACUCAGCAAUGGAGAGACUAUUGCAGUGAAAAAGCUAUGGGGAAGGUCCAAAAUGGAGGACAGUGGUGAUAUCGAGAAGGGUUGGAUUCAAGAUGAUGGGUUUGAAGCAGAGGUUGAGACAUUGGGAAAGAUUAGACAUAAGAACAUUGUCAAGCUAUGGUGUUGCUGUGUUACAGGGAAUUGCAAGCUUUUGGUUUACGAGUACAUGCCUAAUGGAAGUUUGGGCGAUUUGCUUCAUAGCAAGAAGAGUGGCUUGUUGGAUUGGCCAAUGAGGUUUAAGAUUGCCAUGGAUGCUGCUGAGGGGCUUUCGUAUUUGCAUCACGGUUGUGUUCCUCCGAUUGUGCAUAGAGAUGUGAAAUCGAAUAACAUCUUGUUGGACGAGGAUUUUAGGGCUCGAAUAGCAGAUUUUGGAGUAGCCAAGGCACUUGAUGCGAUUGGGAUGGGGACUCAAACCAUGUCUGCCAUUGCGGGUUCUUGUGGUUACAUUGCACCAGAGUAUGCAUAUACACUUCGAGUGAAUGAGAAGAGCGACAUAUACAGCUUCGGUGUUGUGAUUCUUGAAUUGGUCACAGGGAGACUCCCAGUUGAUCCUGAAUUUGGGGAAAAAGAUAUGAUCAAGUGGGUAUGCACUACUUUGGACCAGAAAGAUGUAGAUCAUGUACUCGACCCUAAACUUGAUUCUUGUUUCAAAGAAGAAAUGAGCAACGUCCUCAAUAUCGGCCUCAUCUGCACCAGCCCCCUCCCCAUAAACCGUCCAUCGAUGAGAAGGGUUGUAAAUAUGUUGCAUGAAGUGGGUGCCGAACACCAUCUUAAGGCUGCCCAGAAAGACGACAAAUUUACGCCUUAUUACUAUGAAGAUGCCUCGGAUCAAGGAAGUGUAGCUUGAAAAGUUUUAUCAUGUCAUAGAGUUGGAAUGUGGAAGGAGAGGGAGAAGAAGUGCUCGCUCCUCUUGUGUUGCCAAUUUUUCAGUUUUUAUUUUUAUCCUUUCUUGAUGUUUGCUUUCAUGAAGGUAAAGAAAGUAUUGUAGAGUUUCUUUGAUGUCAAUUUUCUUUCUGGCAUCUCUCUGAGAAAUUUUAUAAAAAUAAAAUCGAAGAUCUCUUAUGGGUUUAUUUUGCAUUAGUAA